AUGCGGAGCUUUUCCCUCGCGGCGGCGACCGUCCUCGCGGCGGCGCUCGGCGCCUCGGCCUCCACGGCCGCCUACAACACCGACGGCGAGGACAUCCCCAUCCCGUCGCGCCACAUGGCCCACGGCAUGCAGCUGGCGAACCCCCUCCUGGGCCCCGUGCCGAACCGCCCGCCCGUCCCCGACGACGACGACUUCAGCUACGAGCUCACGUCCUCGGGCACCGUGGUGAAGCGCGCCGCCGGCCCGCAGAUCAAGACGGAGGCGGGCUUCUUCGAGCAGCUCAUCGACCACGCCAACCCGUCGCUCGGCACCUUCACGCAGCGGUACUGGUGGAACGCGGACCACUACGCCGGCCCCGGGUCGCCCAUCAUCCUCAACGCCCCCGGCGAGAACAACGCCGACGGGUACCAGGGCUACACGACCAACCGCACCAUCCCGGGCCUCUUCGGCCAGGCCACCGGCGGCGCCGUCAUCCUGCUCGAGCACCGCUACUGGGGCGGCAGCUCGCCCUACGAGAACCUCACCGCCGAGACGCUGCAGUACCUGACGCUCGACCAGUCCGUCGCCGACCUCAUCUACUUUGCCAAGAACGUCCAGCUGCCGUUCGACAAGGACGGCGGCUCGCGCCCGGACAAGGCCCCCUGGGUGCUGUCCGGGUGCUCGUACCCGGGCGCGCUCGCCGCGUGGACCAACGUGCUCGCCCCGGGCACCUUUUGGGCGUACCACGCCUCGAGCGCCGUCGUCGAGGACAUCUCGACGCUGUGGCAGUACUACGUGCCCGUCGAGAAGGCCCUGCCGCGCAACUGCAGCGCCGACUACCGCCGCGUCAUUUCGCAUGUUGACAAGGUCCUCGCCGAGGGCACCCCCGAGAAGCGCCAGCGUCUCAAGGACCUGUUUGGCUUUGGCGACCUCAAGCACGACGCCGACUUUGCCAGUGCCAUUGUCGGCGGGCUCGGCGCCUGGCAGAGCCAGCAGUUUUACUCGGGCUAUGGCCCGAUCCAGCGCAUGUGCGACUACAUCGAGAACGUGUGGCCCGGCAGCAACGCGACGGCCCCUGGCGCUGAUGGUGUGGGCCAGUGCAAGGCCAUCAAGGGCUUUGCCAAGUGGUCGCGCGAGAUUUUGAUCCCGGGAUCGUGUGCCUCGUUUGGCUACUGGAAGGACAACAACACUGUCGCUUGCUACGACUCGUACAAUACCGAGCUGGCGUCGUACACGGACACUUCGGUCAACAACACGGUCAACAGGCAGUGGAUGUGGUAUCUGUGCAACGAGCCCUUCGAGUGGUGGCAGACCUGGGCCCCCGAGGCCACCACGGGCCUCAUCCCCAAGCUCUACGACCGCGAGUACUCGCGCCGCCAGUGCGCCCUCUACUUCCCCCCCGUGGGCGACCACACGUACGGCCUCGCGCGCGGCCGCACCGUCGAGCAGGUCAACGCCAAGACAGGCGGCUGGGACCACGUCAACACGACGCGCCUCAUGUGGGUGAACGGCGAGCUCGACCCCUGGCGGCCCGCCACCGUGUCGGCCGAGCUGCGCCCCGGCGGGCCCCUCGCCAGCACCGACGAGGCCCCCGUCUUCCUCCUCCCCAAGGCGGCGCACUGCAACGACGCCAUCGUCAAGAACGGCGAGGCGAACCCAGAGGUCGGCAAGAUGAUGCAGCAGGAGGUGGCGUAUGUCAAGCGCUGGGUUGACGAGUUUUACAAGGAGAAGGGCGGGAAGCCCAAGAAGACGGGGCGUGCGUUUGAGGCUUAG